AUGAGCUCUGCUUGGCGGUGUGAAAGCAGCCUUUGCCACAGCCAAGGAUCAGUCGAUCUUGUCUCCGCUCUCUGCUCCAGCCAAGGAUACUCUGGGCUGGCAUGAUGAGGCUGGGGACCUUCGGGAUCUUGCUAGCGCUUGUGCGCACGACAGCAGCCUGCGAAUUUGGGCCGUUACCUUACAGCGUCACAGGGAUCGUCUGCAGGAUGACGAAGCCCGCGGCAUUGCUGUUAAACCAGGAAACAGCGCAGGUCAUUCAAGCGGCGUUCAGAAAUGCCAAAUUCCCAAACGUCACCGGCGAAAGGUCUGUGCGGUUCCUCGGCAAGGUGGCCUACGGGCUGACAAACAUCCAGGUCAACAACUUGUCCAUCGAGCAGAGUGAGGUGGAGCUCAAGGAAAAUGAUGCCAUUGACAUCGCCAUUAAAAAUGUGACAGCUGUCUUCAAAGGGACCCUGAACUACGGCUACGCUGGGGUGUGGUUUUUGCAGCUUUUUCAUUCAGUCGAUUUUGAAAUCGAGUCUUCAAUUGAUCUCCAGAUAAACAUUAAACUGAUGUGCCAGGAGGACCAGGUGGCUGCUGAUGCCUCGGAUUGCUACCUGACUUUCCACAAGCUGGCGCUUCACCUCCAAGGGGACAAGGGGCCGGGCUGGCUGAAGCAGCUCUUCACAGAUUUCAUUGCCUUUACUUUGAAGCUUGUUCUCAAGAGCGAGGUUUGUGAGGAAAUCAAUUUUCUUGCUCAGAUGCUGGCAAAUUUUAUACAUGACCUAGCAGCAAAUUUUGUCCAGGAUGAAGAUAUCAAACUUGAUAUCUCCCUUGCAUCGGUUCCUUUAAUAAAAGCAAAUUACCUAGAAACACAUCACAAGGGCCUUGUCCGGUACGAGAACUACUCUGAUGUCUUCAGUGACUCUCUUUUCUCCCCAACUCUGCUGUCCGAAUCCCGAAUGCUCUACUUCUGGCUGUCCGAGCACAUCCUCAACUCUCUGGCUUCGGCAGCUUUCUUAGAUGAACGCCUGACGUUGACCAUCUUUGGGGAGAAGUUGCAGGCCCUGUUUGAAAUCGAAGAGACAGAGACCCAGCGGAAGGCGGUGCAGAUGAUUUUUCAAGGCACUUCCUACAAUGAUUCUGUGGCCAAGGUGUGGAGUCUCACCCGUCCCCAGAUCUCUGUCCAGCCCGAAGGGACAGUCGUGAAGUCUGUGGUAGCUGUGGAGAUCAGCAUCUUUCCCCCGGGGAAAGAGCCCCUGGUGGCUCUGUAUAUGGAGAAGGAAAUCACGGUCACUAUCCAAGCUGCCUAUGCGGAAAAGAAACUAAUUUUGCACCCUUUGGACUCCAGGACAGAAUUUAAAGCCUUUAAAUGCACAGCCGAUCCAAGCAGGAAUGACAAAUCCAUGAGAAACUUCCUGCAGAAAAUGAUUUUGGUCACCGGGAUCCCAGAAGUGAUUUCAAGCAUCGAACUGACUUUAACUUCACUGAUGAACAGCAAAGGGCUUAAUCUGUUUGAAAUCAGAAGUCCUGAGAUCAUCACAAGAAAGGGAUAUCUAAUUGUACAACUUGACUUUAGCUUCCCGGACCAUUUGCUUCUUGAUUUUCUUGAGAAAACAUUGUAUAACUGAUCUCUUCAUACAGGAGUGUGGGAACUCCUGUACAAAGAGAAAGCUUGUGUGUGAACCAACUGAAAGCCAAGCUGAUAUAAAUCAGCUUCCAGCCAUUCCCAGACAUUAAAAGCGAAGCUGAAUUUUCUUUCCUUUUCCUGAGAAAUGCUCCAGCUUCUGUGCAACUGUAUCUCCACUGAGCCUUUCCUCUGCAGAGAUGCCUUAGUCUGCAUCUCUACACAGUCUCCUGUUUCAGGAUCUUGGCAGGACUUGUGUGCUUAGGGGCAAGGGUUGAAUUCUUGAAGUGUGUUGGCCCUGGGCCAGCACUCACGGGAGCCAGCAAGGCUUUGCCCAUCAUCUGGCAUCUCUGUCGUUACAGUUUGGAAACGUAGCACCUCUUUAUUCUGAACCUGCAUUUUGUUUCCAGCAAGAGCCUCAUUAGGAUGUAGCAAGAGGUUCCUGAUUUUGACAGACUUAAGCAACUCGAAUGACAUUAUCAAACUCCAAGUAAGCUCAGAAGCAGCAAUGCUGAAAGACUCAAGUACGGUAGAAGAAAGUGAAUGGGACAUAAAUUAGCACCGCAGUAUAAGAAUGGAGAGCUCUCAUGUCCUCAGUACUUUCUUUACAGAGCCCGAAACACUAUGUAGAGCUCUAGGCACAUUGUUGCAUUCAUGUUGUUGAGACACUGGGAGCAAACUUAAGCAAUAAAAAUGAUAAGGAACAGAUUAUAAGAGAGACUACAACUAUCUACAGUAGACAGCAGGAUCCUGUUCCUUCCUCCUGCAAUGCAUUAAUUUAUCUGAAGCAGCUCAGUUAUUUUCCUGUACCAAUUUUUGCUCUCGCCUCUUUUUUUUUAAAUUAAACUUUUCAUUUGGAAGAAA